AUGUUGAAAAGAUCCGCCGUCCGCUCUGCCGCGCAGGCCAUCGCUCAAGAAAGAUUUGACUCCAUACUACAGCCAAUAUGCAAGGGCAAGAUACGCUUAGGCCUUGCCAUCAGUGGUGGAGUAGAUUCCAUGGCCCUGGCUAGUCUGUGCAGUAAAGUACAGGGGUUUAACAUGCCGCCUGUUACAGCUUUCAUAGUCGAUCAUUGCCUACGGUAUGGAAGUGCUGCUGAAGCCAUAUCAGUAGCAAGUAACCUCCAAAGACUCGGUAUUGCGUCCGAGAUCCUCAAGAUGGAAUGGCCAAAUCAUCGCGAUCCGGUCAAGCUUCCAAAUCUAGAGACGGCUGCUCGCAAGUUGCGCUUCCAACUUCUUGGGCGUGCCUGUGCCAAAUCUCAAAUCGACACUCUUCUACUAGCCCACCAUGGAGAUGAUCAAGCUGAGACAAUACUUUCGAGGAUAUAUGCUGGCUAUUUAGGCACAGGUCUACAAGGUAUCCAGGCCAUCAGUCCCAUCCCUGAAUGCCAUGGUGCCCAUGGGGUCUCCGAAUCAGGAACCACCCGGAGACUAGACCCUUCUGGGACCAUCACAAAAGUUUGGGUCGAGUCUGGCGGCGUUACGAUCCAUCGACCACUACUUGACUUUACGAAAGCAGAACUCAUUGCCACCUGCCAUGCACGGCAAGUCAGUUGGCAUGAGGAUGCAACAAACGCCGACAAGACUCUGACUGCUCGCAACGCUAUUAGACACCUAAUUGGAUCCGGAGCCUUACCACAUGCACUCAGCACCGUCCGUUUGAGGGACCUCGCAGCGAAUAAAUUGAGCCAUCGCCAAUCUUGUAAUGACACUGCCACAGCCAUGUUCAAGGCUUGCAAGGUUGAACUCAAUACCAGAACUAGCUCUGUAUCGUUCUCGAUCCAUCCAAAAAUCGAAGACUGGUUGAGGGACACGACUAAUCCUCCUCUGGUAGCGGCACUACUUACCCGCAAGUUCUUGUCACUCUCUGAAGACAAACACAAACUUCAAUUGCAAAAUACUCAGCGCGCAGUCCAGUACAUCUUCCCAUUUCUAUUCGACCACGAGCUAUCGGCCAACGCUGGUGUCAACGUUGGUAAUAUCGUUCUUCUCAAAACACUCGAGUCCGACAAGGCAUCGAGCUCUGGCGAACGCAGAGUCUCGUGGAAGUACAGUGUCCUUCCACGCCCAGUUCAGGACCCAGAGAGAUAUACACAGGUUCUCCUAGCAGAACAAGAAAGUGACAAUGACUUUUCUGAACCUAUAUGGACUCGCCCAAAGCUGUUCCAUGACCGAUGGUGGAUAAGACUUCGGUACAUACCACAUAAUGUACCAUCCAAAACAUCCAUGGUCGUCAGAUUUCUGAGACCAACCGAUUUGCCGCACAUGAGACUACACGAUACGGGAAGCCUUGAAAGAAGACUCAAGCCUCACGCGCCAGCAAACGCCCGUUUUGCAUUACCUGCAAUCGUAGAAAGAUCUCUAGUUGAGCAAGCGGAUGAAUCCCUGAGCGAGAUAGAUACCGUUUGGGCUCUUCCGACUAUCGGGUGGUCACGCGCUGGUUUCUCACCUUGGAAUUUCAAGACACCCGGAGAAAAUGUGUGGCAACACACAAACACCUACAAGAACAUCGAUUUCGAGGUUAGCGACAACCAUACUGUCAAGUCUUACACACGACCGGUAGACGACAACCAAGAACUGAGGUUCAAGGAGCCCUUGGAUUCCAGCAGCCCCGGCACGAAAAGAAGAGAGCAUCAGGAUAUCUCCACUCCUGAUACAUGGCGACAAACACAGAGGCUCAAGGAAGCCCAUAGCCGUGCGAUCCCAGCGAGCAAAAAAAGGAAUGUCAAACCUUACGAAACAUGGAAACACAAAAUGAGAAUGCCGAGAUUUGACCAACCUCCUGGAAAUCCAGCCUACAAAAAAGGCGCAUGA